AAUUUCAUUACGAAGACAAAGUACGAAACUACACAUAAAAGCACUAGUUAUUUUUAUUUUUCCCUCUCUCUUCUCUGUCUUUCUUCAGAUCCAAAUCUAUCUUCCUUCUCUCUUUCAGAUCGUAUUCGGAUCCUCGAUCACCCAGUUCGGGUCAAUCCGUUUUUACACACUGAAUCCGAUGGUACAGUUUUGAUCAAUCGACUUCUCGCCUGUUGUUUGUUGAUCUUUCAUUUCUUUUGGAUCUAAAUUUGAGCUAGAGAAUUAGAAGCUUCUGAAACGGACCCAAACAUGAAUCCCUUCUCGUCCGGUACGCGUCUAAGGGACAUGAUUCGGGCAAUACGUGCUUGUAAAACUGCUGCAGAGGAACGUGCUGUUGUAAGAAAAGAGUGUGCUGCUAUUCGUGCUGCAAUUAAUGAAAAUGAUCAAGAUUACAGACACCGUAACCUGGCCAAGCUCAUGUUUAUUCACAUGCUUGGUUAUCCAACACAUUUUGGUCAGAUGGAGUGCCUGAAGUUGAUUGCGUCAGCUGGAUUUCCAGAGAAGAGAAUAGGAUAUCUUGGCCUCAUGUUACUUCUUGAUGAAAGACAAGAAGUUCUAAUGUUGGUCACAAACUCGUUAAAACAAGAUCUCAAUCACUCGAACCAGUAUAUUGUCGGACUUGCUCUUUGUGCUUUGGGGAAUAUAUGUUCAGCAGAAAUGGCUCGUGAUCUUGCACCGGAAGUGGAAAGACUGCUGCAAUUUCGGGAUCCAAAUAUUCGCAAAAAGGCAGCAUUAUGCUCCAUACGGAUUAUAAAGAAAGUCCCUGAUCUGGCAGAGAAUUUCAUAAAUCCUGCUGCUGCCUUACUUAAAGAAAAGCAUCAUGGAGUCUUAAUAACAGGCAUUCAACUUUGUACAGAUCUAUGUAAAGUCAGUCCGGAAGCCCUAGAAUAUUUCAGAAAGAAAUGCACGGAUGGUUUGGUCAGGACUCUAAGAGAUGUUGUGAACAGUCCAUAUGCGCCUGAGUAUGACAUUGCUGGCAUUACAGAUCCGUUUCUCCAUAUCAGAUUGCUUCGGCUUUUGCGCAUGUUAGGCCAAGGAGAUGCUGAUGCUAGCGAUGCAAUGAAUGAUAUACUUGCACAGGUGGCAACAAAAACCGAGUCAAACAAAAAUGCAGGGAAUGCUAUUUUGUAUGAAUGUGUGGAAACUAUCAUGAGCAUUGAAGAUAACGGUGGCUUACGAGUACUUGCUAUUAAUAUCUUGGGAAGAUUCUUGUCAAACCGCGACAACAAUAUCAGAUAUGUUGCUUUGAACAUGCUGAUGAAGGCCAUUACUGUAGAUGCUCAAGCAGUACAGAGGCAUCGGGCAACAAUAUUGGAAUGUGUUAAAGAUUCAGAUGCUUCAAUCCGUAAAAGAGCCCUAGAACUUGUUUAUCUUCUAGUGAAUGAGAGCAACGUAAAGCCUUUGACAAAAGAACUAAUUGAAUAUUUGGAAGUAAGUGAUCAAGAAUUUAAGGGAGAUCUUACAGCCAAAAUUUGCUCCAUUGUUGAAAAGUUCUCCCCUGAAAAAAUCUGGUACAUUGAUCAGAUGCUCAAGGUUCUUACUGAGGCUGGAAAUUUUGUAAAAGAUGAAGUGUGGCACGCCCUUAUUGUUGUGAUAAGCAAUGCCUCUGAUCUCCAUGGAUAUGUAGUCAGGGCACUAUACAAAGCAUUUCAAGCAUCAGCAGAACAGGAAAUCCUUGUUCGAGUGGCAGUCUGGUGCAUUGGAGAAUAUGGUGACUUGUUGGUCAACAAUGUUGGGGUGCUCGACAUAGAGGAUACUAUAACUGUAACAGAGACUGAUGCUGUGGAUGUUGUUGAGAUUGCUAUAAAUCGUCAUGCCUCUGAUCUUACUACUAAAGCAAUGGCUUUAAUUGCUCUAUUGAAGCUCUCUUCCCGCUUCCCAUCUUGUUCACAGAGGGUCAAAGAUAUAAUUGUUCAAAAUAAAGGAAGCCUUGUGCUUGAAUUGCAGCAAAGGUCACUUGAGUUCAAUUCUAUUAUCGAGAAGCACCAGAGUAUCAGAUCUGCGCUGGUAGAAAGGAUGCCAGUCUUGGAUGAGGCUACUUUCAGUGGAAGGAGGGCUGGCUCAUUGCCAACAACUGUUUCAACUUCUAGUGGGGCAUCACUUAAUAUUCCAAAUGGAGUUGCUAAGCCCUCAGCAGCUCCUCUUGUAGAUUUACUUGAUCUGUCAGAUGAUGCUCCAGCUCCUAGCUCUUCUGGUGGUGACUUUCUUCAUGAUCUUCUGGGUGUUGAUUUAGCGCCAGGUUCAACACAACCAGGCUCAAACCAGGCUCCAAAAGCCGGCACCAAUAUUCUACUAGAUCUUUUGUCAAUUGGAACACCCCCUGUACAAAGCAGCUCGUCUACAUCUGACCUAUUAUUAUCUGGUCAAGAUAACCAGACACCUAUCACCACAUUAGAUGCACUAUCCUCGCCUUUUCCUUCUGCACAAGUCAAGUCUUCAGUUGGAGCUUCUCCCAUGAUGGAUUUGUUGGAUGGCUUUGGCCCUAGCCCGUCAAAGCAUGAGGAAAAUGGCACAGUUUACCCAUCUAUAGUUGCAUUUGAGAGCAGCAACUUGAGGAUGACAUUCAAUUUCUCAAAGUCACCUGGAAACCCGCAAACAACAAUAAUACAGGCGACUUUUGCAAAUUUAUCACCUAACGCAUUUACCGAUUUUGUUUUCCAGGCAGCAGUUCCAAAGUUCCUUCAGCUGCACUUAGAUCCGGCUAGCAGCAAUACAUUACCUGCGAGUGGUAAUGGGUCUCUCACGCAAAAUUUGAGAGUAACUAACAGCCAACACGGAAAGAAACCACUUGUGAUGCGCAUAAGGAUCGCUUACAAGAUGAAUGGCAAAGAUAUGUUGGAAGAAGGACAAAUCAACAAUUUCCCUCGUGAUUUAUGAAGUUAAUUAGUCCAGAAAGUGGCAGUGAUGCUAUUAUGUAUGAGCUCUAAAAUUUUUUGUCCUCUGAGAAGCUUCUUACUGUUUGUAGUGAUAGUAAAAAUAUCUUUCUUGUUUCUAUUCUUCUACUCGAGGGCAGUACUGUAGCAGUCGAUGGGAGUUUUUGGGCUUGAGUUUGGGAUGUGCCCUAAUAUCUCACAAUUUUUUUUUAUUAAAAGAAAAUUAUCCUUAGGUGAUUUGUGUACAUUAUUACAAAAUUUCUGUACGGAGUUGUGAGAAUUAAAUUUUGCCUUUCCGAGGCUCAGCGAAAGGAACUCCUGCUAUAAUGGGGACAUUUGAGUUGCUGUGUAA